AGUAUUUUUCCAUCAUCAUCAUAAUUAUUAUAUUAUUGAAAGGAUAAAAGGAGAUGGAUUGCAAAAAAAGAAAAGAAAGAUAAAGUAGAAAUUUAGGCCUUCCUGCAGCCCUAAAAAUUGAAAGCAAAGAUGGCGGCAAACUGUUCAUUACCAGUUGCACGUAAAUCACCACUCUUAUACCGUUUCGUGCGCCCUACUGUUUUGCAUUCUGGUCAGUCGACUGGACUUUUGCUUCCUCCAAUCCCAAUUCAGACAAGGGAGUUAAGGAGGAGCUGUUCCCUGUGCCGUUCUUCCUCUAGUCUUCUCAACUAUGGUCAGGGAACUGCGUACAAAGAUUUUAAUUGUCCAGGAAUUGAAUGGGGGCAACUUGUUCGUGGUCGUUUUCUACUUUCUGCUGCGGCUUCUGAUGGUGGAUCGGCCGGAGCUGCUGGUGGUGGUGGAUAUGGCGGUUCUGGUGAUGGGGAUAAUGGUAGUGGAAGUGACGGUGGUGAAAACAACUGGUCUUUGCUUUCAUGGUACUUGGCUCUUCUAGCAAGGUAUCCUGUGUCAAUAAAAGCGCUGACAUCUGCAUUUCUUACAUUAAUAGGAGAUCUAAUUUGCCAGAUUUGGAUUGAUCAAGCACCGUCACCAGACCUGAAAAGGACAUUCCUUUUUACUUUGUUGGGGCUGAUUUUGGUUGGUCCAACAUUGCACUUCUGGUAUUUGUAUCUAAGCAAAUUGGUAAAAUUGCCAGGAGCAUCAGGUGCAUUUUUGCGCCUUCUGCUUGAUCAGUUUCUUUUUUCUCCCAUAUUUAUCGGAGUUUUCUUAUCUACAUUGAUGACACUAGAGGGAAGGGCUUCACAAAUUGUACCAAAGCUUCAACAGGAGUGGAUUUCUUCUGUUCUUGUUAAUUGGCAACUAUGGAUACCUUUCCAAUUUAUCAACUUCUGGUUUGUCCCACAGCAGUUCCAGGUCCUUGCGGCUAAUUUUGUUGCUUUGAUAUGGAACGUGAUUCUCUCAUUUAAAGCUCACAGAGAGGUUCUCCCAUGAUAGGUACCAGAAGGCACAAGGUGAUAGGGUUAUGUUAGUGAAAGAUGUAUUUCAAUAUUGUUGCUUUUAAUGAAGUGUUAAUCGGUUAUAUUGGUGGAGAACUCAUUGAGUAUUAAUAUUUACCGGACAUAAGUCUUCAUUCAAAAGCAAAUUCUCUAGUACAUUAUGAGGGGGUUAUAUUGGUGCUUUGACAACUAAGCCUACUAUGAACCUAACAGUCUUAUUUAACUUGUUGGAGUUGGCAUCACCUAGGUGUUUCACAAUUAUAGAAUGUUAGAUUUGAAUCACCAAAUUGUUUAUUAGUAAAGAAAUACUUUGGAAUGCAAUA